CCGGAUAAAAAAGACAGUCGUUGUUUAUCUCCCCUCCCUCCACAAAUCGCACAAAACGACGUCGUUCUCACCAAUUCAGUCGCCGCCGCAGCAGAUUCUUGAUAUUUCAAUCAAUUGCAGAGAGACAAAAAAAAAAGAAGGCGGCGAUUCUUAAUCAUUGAAAAAUUCUAGUUUUUUCAGUUAGGGUUUUUUAUUUUUAUUUUUUGUAUUUUUCUAUAAUAAAAGAAAGAAAGAAAGAAUAUAUUUGUUAGGAAUUUUGUAUAUCUUUUGAUAGUUUUUUUUUUUUUUUGGUUGAUGAUUGUAGAAUUCGGAUGUAUCUAUAUAUACUGUAAACCAUAAAGGAUGAUUUUAUAGUGCUGUUACGUUUCGUGUUUGUUAUUUUUCGCCUUUUUUUGAUAUAAUUUUGUUCAUUAGAAGCAAAGUAAUAAAGUUUUUUUGAAAAAUAAACACUUUGGAACCUUAAUGGGUAGCCAAGGGUUUAAUAAUCAAAAAAACGGACAAAGGUUAGGGAUUACCGAGCCUAUAUCGUUGGGUGGACCAACCGAGUUUGACGUUAUCAAGACAAACGAACUUGAAAAGUUUUUGGCCGAUGCGGGAUUAUAUGAGAGUCAUGAAGAGGCUAUAAGUAGGGAAGAGGUUUUAGGACGGCUAGAUCAGAUUGUGAAAAUCUGGGUGAAAAAAGUGAGUCGGGCGAGGGGGUUAAGUGAGCAGCUUGUACAGGAAGCAAAUGCGAAAAUUUUUACCUUCGGAUCCUAUCGUCUCGGGGUCCAUGGACCUGGUGCAGACAUUGAUACCCUAUGUGUUGGACCCAGACAUGCAGAUCGACAGGAAGAUUUCUUUGGUGAGCUAAAAAAAAUGCUUAUCGAGAUGCCUGAUGUAACGGAUAUGCAUCCUGUACCUGAUGCUCAUGUUCCUGUGAUGAAGUUUAAGUUAAAUGGGGUUUCAAUAGAUCUUCUUUAUGCAAGACUUUCACUUUGGGUCAUACCUGAGGAUUUGGAUAUUUCUCAUGACUCAAUACUGCAAAAUGCAGAUGAGCAGACAGUUCGGAGUCUUAAUGGAUGCAGAGUUACUGACCAGAUCCUGCGUCUAGUACCUAAUAUUCAGAACUUCCGCACAACUUUAAGAUGCAUGAAGUUUUGGGCCAAGCGACGGGGCGUGUAUUCAAAUGUUGUAGGAUUUCUAGGUGGUAUUAACUGGGCUUUGCUUGUUGCACGCAUUUGCCAACUGUAUCCGAAUGCACUGCCCAGUAUGUUGGUUUCUCGAUUCUUCAAGGUCUAUACUCAGUGGCGAUGGCCUAAUCCGGUAAUGCUCUGUGCUAUUGUGGAAGGUUCACUUGGAUUGCAAAUUUGGGGACGAAAUUACAAUGACAAAUUUCAUUUAAUGCCGAUUAUUACUCCAGCUUAUCCUAGCAUGAACUCUAGCUAUAAUGUGUCACCAAGUACUUUAGUGAUAAUGACCGAAGAGUUUAAACGAGGUCAUGAUAUCUGUGAGGCUAUGGUGUUACAUAAUGGUGGUUGGCAUGAACUUUUUGAGCCUUAUCGUUUCUUUGAAGCAUAUAAGAAUUAUCUGCAGAUAGAUAUUGCUGCAGAGAAUGAUGAUGAUAUGCUAAACUGGAAAGGAUGGGUUAUAUCUCGCUUGCGCCAACUUGUAAAGAAGAUUGAGAGAGACACCUCAAAAAUGUUGUUAAUCCAUCCAAAUCCAGCGGACUUUUCAGACAGGUCAAACCCAUUUCGCUGCAGUUACUUCUUAGGUCUUCAACGAAAAGAGGGUACUGUGACUGAAGCGAAGCAGUUUGAUAUACGAUUAACAGUUGAUGAAUUUAAAGCCAGUGUGAUUACAUAUUUAUCAUGGAAGCCCGGAAUGGUAAUAAACGUAAUCCAUAUAAAGCGGAGAGACAUUCCUGCUUUUGUUUUUCCUGGUGGCAUACGACCUUCACGGCCUGCUAGAGUGAGUGUAGGCAGAAGGCAGCUCCCAGAAACGAGUGCUGCCAGCAGUGUCAGUAUGGACGCGGGAACCUCUGCUGAUGUUAAUGUUGUUGAUGGACCCAAUGAUACAAAGAAACGAAAAUGGGAGGAGGAUCAUAUGUUAACUAAGUUCACAGAUUCCAAGCUCAUAAAAAGUGAAGGCUUAGAAAACAAGAGAUCUAGUGUUGGUGCUCAUUCUAAUGGUACCUCACUAGGUGGUGCUGAAGCCAUCAGUGUAACUGAGCAAGUAGGGACAUCUGGUUACAAUAAUGAGAUGUCCCAAAACAAUGAGGAUAUCAGUGUCCCAAUACCCUCUAUCUCUAGAGAUGCAGAGAAGCUCGCAAUUGAGAAGUUAAUGUCCAGUCCAUAUGAAUCCCACCAGAGUCGUCCACAAGAACUUGAGGUAGAAGAACUGGAUAAUAAUAGUGAAGAUCAAAUCCUAGGUAAUACUACCAAACGAAUUGACAUGGAAUCUUCACCUUCUAAAGAAGUAGCUAGUUCUAUGAAGAUUAGCAAUGCAACAGGUUCUGCUAGUUCGCAGUUGAAUGGGGGCUUAGAAGAGCUUGAGGCUUCUGAACUUGAUGCGGCCUUGCCGAGAGUUACUCAUGCUAGAGCUGCGUCACAGAAAAAGCCAAUUAUCAGGUUCAGUUUUACUUCCUUGGCGAAGGCCACUGGCAAUAGCUCUUAAAAAUUGUAUGCGACUCGCGGUUUCUAUUCUGAGUUUUACCUUGUGCAUGUUGAUCAUGUAACACAUGAAUAAACGCUGCGGAUUAUUGUAUAGUUUGAAAUGAAAUGUGAAAGAGUAACUCAUCUUAUUUUCUUUCGGAAUUUUUUUGUUAAUAAAAUGUAUUUUAUUCCCGUCUUCUUACUUUUA